AGUUCACUCACUUUCAAAGCCAGCUGAAGGCAAGAGGCUGUGAAAAGGAGAGAGCCUUCUUCACUGUGUGCCUGACUUCUAUGGACUUGGCUUGCUAGCAGGCUGAAAGCGAUGAUGGCAGCAAUGAAAAUCCAGCUGGUAUGCAUGAUGCUUCUGGCUUUUAGCUCCUGGGGUCUGUGCUCAGAUUCUGAAGAGGAAAUGAAAGCAUUAGAAGCAGAUUUAUUGACCAAUAUGCAAACAUCAAAGAUCACUAAAGCAAUUGUUCCCUCUUGGAAAAUGACCCUGCUCAAUGUUUGCAGUUUUGUAAACAGCCUGAACAGUCAAGCUGAAGAAAUAGGAGAGAAUCGUGAAGAAGAGCUUGUUACAAGAAGGAAAUUUCCUACCUCUUUAGACGGUUUUAGCUUGGAAGCCAUGCUGACAAUAUACCAACUGCAAAAAAUCUGUCACAGCCGAGCCUUUCAACACUGGGAGCUAAUUCAGGAAGAUAUUCUUGAUAAUGGAAAUGACAAAAAUGAAAAGGAAGAAGUCAUAAAGAGGAAAAUUCCUUAUAUUCUGAAGCGACAGCUGUAUGACAAUAAACCCAGAAGACCCUAUAUCCUGAAGAGAGCUUCUUACUACUACUGAAAAGCACAGUUAUGUCACUUAAGUGUGAUUGUGAUUUAUCAUUCUUAAAUAUCAAAUUAUGUUUGUGUGACAUUGUGACAGAAUACAGUCAUUUGUCUCUUCUAUGAUUUUUUUGGAUGUGACUUUUCUGUAUUAAUAUAAAUUGAACUAAAUGUUUUCAAAUAAAUGUGAAUCUUGAGCAUGA